AUGUCCGAGCCACCGAGCGAGAAGAUAACGCCUGACAAGGCUCUCUCUGUAGAUCCUGAUACUGCCUACUUCAAUGUAACCGGCGGCAAAUCUGACCACAUGCUUGUGAAUCUUGGAGAAACUCGUCUUGCAGUGAAGAUUCGCUGCAGCAAUAAUGCACUUUACCGAGUCUCGCCAAGUUCAAUGUUUAUCGAAGCUGGGCAGUGUCAAAAUCUUGUUGUUGUAAGACAAGCUGGCCCUGCUCGCUCAGACAAGCUCAUCCUACAAUUUCUGGAAUGUGACAAGGAUGUUGAAGACUGUAAAGAAUUUUUCAAGCAAGCGGACAAAAACGGCGCCAAACCCGAAACUCUUCGAAUAUCGCUAAAGAUGGUUGGCGACCAAGGGUAUCGUGUAAUUCCUUCGCGUGAAGUCACCGAUGAUGCCAUCUCUUAA